AGCAUCAAUAUUGAGCCGCUCGCCCGCACAAUGACACUCCCGCAGCCAACAGGAGACGCGGCUGUCUCGACGCUGACAAUCGAGAUCCCUGUGACUCGGCCUCGCACCUUCCUCCCAGAGAGAUACGCGCAUAGACGCUCAGGCUCGCCGCCACGCCCGGCCUUUCGACUCGAGACCGUCUCCGUGACGCUUUAUUAUCCAACGUCAAAGGACCCGCUGCCUUCGACUUCCAAGCACACUUGGCUGCCUGCGCCGAGAAGUUCGUCACUCGCCGGACUCCUGAGGUACGCCGGCUUCAACCAUGGCGCUUGGAGCUAUGCAGCCAUUCUCCCUGCAUGGGCCCUCGGUCUCUGGAGAACAAAGCUUCCUACUCGCCAGCCCGGACCGCUAGCAACAAAUACGUCAUCUGUUCCGCUACCCACCGCGAUCUUCUCGCCCGGUUUGGCAGGCACACCGUCUACAUACUCUGUGUACUGCUCGCGCCUGGCCUCGCAUGGCAUCGUAGUCGCUGCGCUAGACCAUCGCGAUAUGACAAGUCCGGCGAGCUUUGUGCACUCGUCGCGAGGAGGAAAGAUGGAGGAAGUCGUAUACACCAAAGAGACCGAUCUGACUGAAGACGAGCAGGCAGGCCCACAAUGGCUUUACAGACGGACCCAGCUGGCCUUCCGCAGAGCAGAGGUUUACGAGGCAUCACUCCUCCUGCAGCGACUCAAUGCCGGCGAGGGGGCUGCAAUUCUGGAGGCUUCGACCCGCAAAGAUACAGUCAAGGACAUUCAAGACGCCCAGCUGCCACUCUGGAAAGGGCGGCUAGACCUGACGAGCACAGACGGUAAAGCAACAUCGCGCCUGCUCGGUGUUGGCCAUUCCUUCGGCGCUGCGACGAUCCUCUCUUGCAUCAAUCCAGCCCUUGCCCCCGUGCCCGAGCUCGAGCCCCAGGAGCCAAGCAGUGAAUCGCUCCCCGACUUCUCAGUUGGCAUGCUCCUCGACCCCUGGGUACAGCCACUGGCGGAAGACGUUCCCCUUCCCGCCUCGCCUUCCAAACCACCCCCAAUCUUCGUGGUCAAUUCACAAGGCUUCACCCUCUGGAGCGCAGAGUUCGCUCGCGUCAAGAAGCUCUGCUCCACCUUUGCCUCGGCGUGCGCUGUUACUCCUGACGGCAGGAAAGGCUGGCUAACGACUCUGACCGGCACGCAGCAUACGGACUUUUCUGACUUCCCUUUCCUGCUGCCACGCUUCUUUGCCAAGACGAAGAAGGAGCAGGAAAAUGACACGGAGGAAGGAGAGGGAGCAAAAGAUCUUGUGGAAGCUCUUCCGCAGCCGUCAGCCGUUUCAAAGACGUCGGGAUACAUGGACGUCUUUGAGGCUUUGUCGCUCAGGGUGCUGCUAGAUGGCAAUAGGGAUGAUGGGCUGAGGGUGAGGUGGGAGGGAAAGGAUGUGAAGCUGAAGAGGGAGACGAGAGGCGGGCUGCUGCUGAGGCAUGCGUUGCGUGAGGAGGAUAUGGUUGGGGCCGAAGCUGGCGCUGGCCUUUGAGUACCCGUAGACGGACGCGUACAUUCAUAUACACGAGGACUCUUUAAUCUCAUUGAUACAGCAUCAGAGCUACGCAGCCA